AUGUCGGACUCUGACGACGUUCAGCUCGCCGGAAACGCGGCGGGGGCUGCCGGGGAGGGCGCUGGAGACGGCUGCCUGAACGCGAAGAGCCGCAACGGCGGCACGGGCGCCGGAGGUGGCCAUGCGGACGACGCCCCGGCGCCGUCGAAGGCGCAUGCGGCCGGAGAUCAGACUCGCCCAAGGCCCGCCCGGCGCCCUCCGUCCCACGACGACAACAGCGACGGCGGGACGUCCUCUGAGGACGACUUUGGCGUCAUACGCCCCGGCGACUCCCCCGGCCGGGGCGGGGGCCGCGGCCGCGGCCGCGGCCGGGGUCGCGGCCGGGGUCGCGGCUCGCAGGCGGACCGGCUGCGCGAGGCAGCGGGCGAGAUCGUGUCGGGGUCGCGUCUGCGGCAGCGCAACCAGCGCGUGCAGUACUACUUGGACGAGGACGAGAUCGAUUUCUCGGAUACCUCGGAGGAGCGGCCGAAGCCGAAGAAGCGGCGGACGGCGUUCGGCGAGGGCCCGCCCCGGCCGGCCACGAAGUCGAAGGGGCCGACGCUGAUGACGGUGGUCACGGACGACGGCAAGGUGAUCAAGGCGAAGAAGGACACGGGGAAGAACAAGCUGCUCUUCCUCGACGGCGGCCUCCAGGACGGCCUCGAGGUCUGCAUCAAGCAAUCCAAGGCUCUGGGCGGGGGCAUCCUGAACGGCGUGGUGCGCAACUCCGGGGAGCUGCGCGGGAUCCUGUGCGCUCACUGCAACGAGGUGAUCUCGCCCUCGCUGUUCGAGGAGCACGCGGGGCGCGGCUCGUGCCGGCAGCCGUACAUGAACAUCCGCGACAAGCAGGGCAACACGCUUUCCAAGCUCGGCGAGAUGCUCAACGUCAACCAGGGCACGGAGAUCGAGGGCCAGACGUUCGGGUGCGCGCUGUGCCCGCCGACGAGCGAGGAGCGCAUGAGCUUCACCGCGGCCGAUGACGGCUUCGACGAGAAGACCGCGCUGCUCUGCGACAUGUGCGACCGGGAGUUCCACGUCGGGUGUUUGGCCCGGGAGCACGGGCUGCACUACACGGCGCUGCCGGAGGGGGAGUGGUUUUGUCCCGCCACGUGCCGCGAGGUGGCGAAGAAGAUGGCCGCGCUGGUCGCGCAGGGCGAGCAGUUCGUCAAGGUCAAGGGCCCGAAGGACGCCGACGGCGAGGAGUUCGUGGAGACGCUCGACGGGUACACGUGCCGCGUGUUGCAGGGGCGGGGCGAGGGCGGCACGGAGGGGGAGCUGGAGGAGGCGGAGAACGUGCUGGAGGAGGCGUUCGGGGACCUGGCGCUCAUGCGCGGCCACGGAGGCCUCCUGCGGCUCGUGGUGCGCGCCGAGAGCCUCGGCGACGGCGCGGACUCGAACCUGCCGAUGAACGGGGACUACCGGGCGGUGUACACGUACGUCCUGAAGCACGAGGGCGAGCCCGGACGCCGCCACCCCGUGGGCGUGGCGGCGUUCCGGCUGCGCGGCAACGCGCAGGCCGAGAUGUCGAUCCUCACGGUGCCCGCUUCGAUGCGCGGGAACGGCCACGGCAGGGUGCUGCUGCGAGCCUUGGAGGAGCUGAUGCUGACGGUGGGCGUGCGGCGCAUGCUGGUGCCGACGGAGUUCGACAAGAUCGCGAAGUGGGUCAUUUCGUACGGGUUCGACUGCGUGUCGAACGAGGAGCUCAAGCAGAUGCUGGGCAAGUACGAGAUAUACUUUCCGUUCGACAACAUGCACUGGAUGUUCCGGGAGCCGGUCCCGGGCGGGUACGUCCCGGGCCACCGCGACGACACGGACGUGCGGCUGAGCAUCUCGCGCGUGGUGGACAACAAGCCGCCCGUGUUCGGGCGCAAGCGCAAGGGCGACGACGAGGACGACAUCUUCGCCGACGUGGAGUACGGGUGCUGCCUGUGCCCGACGAAGGAGGAGGCCGCGCGGUUCUCGUCCGAGGGCUUCACCGACGACACGGUGCUCAUCUGCGACGAGUGCGACCGCGAGUUCCACGUGGGCUGUCUGCGCACCAAGCACGGGGAGCACAUCAACAAGGAGCCGAAGGGUGAGUGGGUGUGCCCGUGCGGGUGCCGGCAGGUCAAGGCGGUGAUGGAGGGCAUCGUGAAGCGCGGCGAGCGGCCCGUGGGCAACCCGUGGACGCUCCGGCAGUGGCGCGUGAUGCGGCCGCGCGGCGAGGGCGCGGACGGGUGCGGGUGGGACGUCGACGAGGCGCUGGCGAUCAUCGAGGACGGGUUCGGGAACAUCGAGCUCGGGAGCAAGAAGAAGAACCGCGUCAGCAUCCUCGAGAGCCUGGUGCGCGGGGAGCACAGCGAGGAGGCCGACGUCAGCUUCAAGAGCUUCUACACGGCGCUGCUGCGGCACGACGGCGACCCCGUGGCCGCGGCGUCCUUCCGGCUCUUCUCCAAGGACCUCGCGGAGAUCGUGGCGCUCGCCGUGCCGCGCGACUGCCGCAAGAUGGGCCACGGCAAGGCGCUGCUCGGCGCGCUCGAGGAGCUCUUCGCCAGCCUGGAGAUCAAGGACGUCGUGCUGCCCGUGCCGGGCAAGUCGCGGAGGAAGAUGGUCAAGCACUUUGGCAUGAAGGAGCUUGGAAUCGAGGACUUCAAGAGCCAGUAUUUGUCGCGGUUCCGCUUCCUGCCGGUCAGCAACGCGUGCUGGAUGCACUUCCACCCCGAGGGCGCGGCCGCGGGCGGCGCGGGCGGCGACGACAACGCGAUGGACGUCGACGGCGCCGCCGCCGCGCCGGAGCACGCGGACGCCGCCGCCACGCAGCUGCAGACGUACUACUACGAGGAGGACGAGGCGGACUUGGAUCCGGAGGUGACAGGCGGGCACUGGCCGCUGAUUCCGUUCGUGCCGCGCCCCCCGAAGGAGGCCCCCGAGGUGGCGCUGGCGGACAGCCACGUGCGCACCAACAUGACGAUCCUCCUCAAGGGGGCGCCGCACUACAUCAACCUGAAGGCGCUGUUCCCGCAGAUGGUGUGGGUGCUCCAGCGCGUGCUCACCGCGCACAUGGGCAUCCCCGCGGAGCUCCUGCGCGCCCCGCGGCUGUACCUGCUGCGGCACGUGCUGCUGUACUUCACCAGGGAGGUCGACGAGGGCGAGCUGCUGGGCAACUGGCGGCGCCGCCUGGCCUACAUCGAGGACCUGCGGCGGAACGACCGCCCGCUGACGGAGGCCGAGUUCAGUCGCACCUUCCAGCGCGUGGGCGCCAACUACGACAUCUGCGACGCGCUGAAGGAGAUCGUCGUGCGUCGCGGGAAGGACCCGUGGCCGGGCGUGCGGUUCUGCAACGCAGCAGACACGCAGGCGCGCAGCAUGCUGCGCUUCGUGGGCGACAUCCUCCGGCCCGACGGCCACAAGAACAACCGCACCAACGCCUGCGGCAACGACGUCGACAAGCUCGAGGCCCUCGUCACCGAGGUCGCCGCCGAGCACAACAUCACUCCCCUCCAGGACGGGGAAGAGGCCGCCGUGCCGCCGCCGUUCGUCCUGCGGGACUGGGCACAGGUCGCGCGCGAAGCAGACGAGCGCAUGGCGGGGCUCGGGGAACUCGCCGACCAGUGGUACGGGUCAGACAUGAGCGAGUAUGACUCAGAAGAGGACGCCGACGACGACGACGACAACAACGACGGAUUCGAAAUGGUCCCGCGCGCAGCACCGCCGCAGCCGCCGCCGCCCGCCGCCGCGCCGCAACCGCGCCCGCCGCAGCCCGCGGCCGCCCCAGCGGCCGUCGCAGCGCCAAGCGCCCCGCGACCGCAGCCCGUCGCGCCCCCUGCGCGAUCGCUGGCGCCGGCGCCGGCGCCCCCCGCGCCGGUGAAGCUCGGGGACAUCCCGCCUGCCGGCUACAACGAGGACGUGAUGGCGAAGGACACGGCGGUGAUCAAGGCGCUGAAUGACCUCAUUUCCUUGGGCAAGUGCGUGCCACGUGGCGUGGAGGAACUCCGGAACCACCUGAAGGAGCGCGUGAUGGCACACCUUGCGCGCCUGUGA